CUGCUGCGCAGGGCCGGGAAGAUGGCGCCGCCUGGGAUGGAACGGGGGCUCAAGAGCGUCGUGUGGCAGAAGAUAAAGUCGUCAGUGUUUGAUGACUGCAAGAAAGAAGGUGAAUGGAAGAUAAUGAUUUUAGAUGAAUUUACCACUAAGCUUUUGUCAUCAUGCUGCAAAAUGACCGAUCUUCUAAGUGAAGGCAUAACUGUUGUGGAGAACAUUUAUAAGAAUCGAGAACCUGUCAGACAAAUGAAAGCUCUUUAUUUUAUCUCUCCAACCUCCAAGUCUGUAGACUGUUUUUUGCGGGAUUUUGCAAGUAAAUCAGACAACAAGUAUAAAGCAGCAUAUAUAUACUUUACUGACUUUUGUCCCGAUAGUCUCUUCAACAAAAUCAAGGCUUCUUGCUCUAAGUCAAUAAGAAGAUGUAAAGAAAUAAAUAUUUCCUUUAUUCCACUUGAAUCUCAGGUAUAUACUCUUGAUGUUCCAGAUGCAUUCUAUUACUGUUAUAGUCCAGACCCUAGUAAUGCAAAUGGAAAAGAUGCUGUUAUGGAAGCAAUGGCUGAACAAAUAGUUACAGUAUGUGCUGCCCUGGAUGAAAAUCCUGGAGUAAGAUAUAAAAGUAAACCUCUAGAUAAUGCCAGCAAACUUGCUCAGAUUGUUGAUAAAAAACUCGAAAACUACUACAAGAUUGAUGAAAGAAGUCAAAUAAAGGGUAAAACUCAAUCCCAACUUAUAAUAAUUGAUCGUGGCUUUGAUCCUGUGUCCACUGUCCUACAUGAACUGACCUUUCAGGCAAUGGCCUAUGAUCUACUGCCAAUUGAGAAUGAUACAUACAAAUAUAAAACAGAUGGGAAAGAAAAGGAGGCAGUUCUUGAAGAAGAUGAUGACCUCUGGGUCAGAAUUCGACAUCGGCAUAUUGCAGUUGUGUUAGAGGAAAUUCCCAAGCUUAUGAAGGAAAUUUCAUCAACAAAGAAAGCCACAGAAGGAAAGACAUCACUUAGUGCUCUUGCCCAAUUGAUGAAAAAGAUGCCCCAUUUCCGCAAACAGAUAACCAAGCAAGUUGUCCAUCUUAACUUAGCAGAAGACUGCAUGAGUAAGUUCAAGUCUAAUAUAGAAAAACUCUGCAAAACUGAACAGGACUUGGCACUUGGAACUGAUGCAGAAGGACAGAAGGUGAAAGAUUCUAUGCGAGUACUCCUUCCAGUCCUGCUUAACAAAAAUCAUGAUAAUUAUGACAAAAUAAGAGCAAUCCUACUUUAUAUCUUCAGUAUUAAUGGAACUACAGAAGAAAAUUUGGAGAAGUUAAUCCAGAAUGUAAAGAUCGAAAAUGAAAGUGAUAUGAUCCGUAAUUGGAGUUAUCUUGGCGUUCCCAUUGUCCCCCCAUCUCAGCAAGGCAAACCAUUAAGAAAGGAUAGAUCUGCAGAAGAAACUUUUCAGCUAUCUCGCUGGACACCUUUUAUGAAAGAUAUUUUGGAGGAUGCCAUUGAUAAUAGACUAGAUUCGAAAGAAUGGCCAUAUUGCUCCCAGUGCCCAGCAGUUUGGAAUGGCUCAGGAGCUGUAAGUGCUCGCCAGAAACCCAGAGCUAAUUAUUUAGAGGAUCGAAAAAAUGGGUCAAAGCUGAUUAUUUUUGUAAUUGGAGGAAUUACUUACUCUGAAAUGCGUUGUGCUUAUGAAGUUUCUCAGGCACAUAAGUCCUGUGAAGUUAUUAUUGGUUCUACACACAUUUUAACACCCAAAAAGCUGUUGGAUGAUAUAAAGAUGCUGAAUAAGCCCAAGGAUAAAGUUUCCUUUAUUAAGGAUGAAUAACAUUUUGGGGUUUGAGAUUCUUAUUAAUAUGUAUUACUAAAAGAUCAAGUUAAUGUUGCUGUCUUGUAAUUUAAACAAUGUAAAUAUUUUACAAAAUAAGGACUUUUCAGAUAUAUUUCUUAAGGGCUGUUUAUGACUUACAUAUCACUAGAUUUUUCAUUUUAAUAAUUUAAAUACUGUUGCUGCUUUGUGGAGGAUAAAAACAUUAAAAUACUUUCUUACAUAAAAGUUUUUCACCUUUGGGACAAUAUAUGUUAGAGUUGUAGCUAAUUUUUUUUACAACCAUCUAUGUAUAUACUAAUUGUUAGAAACUUAUCUGUACUUUGCUUAAAUACAGGUUUAUUUGUGGGGAGGUGGGAAAGAAUGACUUUUAUUGAAAAAGUUAUUAAAGUAAAAAACUAACUUGAAUGAGUUAUAGAA